CCCUGUUAGACGGUACACUGGGUGGCACAGACUGUAUGGUGGCUGGAGACUCGUGCUCCAGUGAUGAGACUUGUAGUCCGCGCCUACGUACUCUGCGGCAGUGUGUGGCCGGCAACGGCAGCAUGAAGCUUGGCCCUGGUGCCAGGAGCCAGUGUGCCAACGCUGUCUCAGCCCUCCUGUCCAGUCCGUUACAUGGCUGCCAGUGCAAACGAGGAAUGAAGAAGGAAAAGAACUGCCUAAGCAUCUACUGGAGUCUUCAUCAGUCCAUAAUUUAUGGACUCAAUCUUGUGGAGAGCUAUCCCUACGAGACCGUGCAGAGGGAUCAUGAUUAUGUCCGCUUGGCUUCUAUUACAGCAGACUCAGAUGUUGGCAUGACAACUGUGAAUCGCUGCCUGGAUGCAGCCAAGGCUUGCAACGUUGACGACUUGUGCCAGAAGCUGCGGACAGAAUACGUCUCAGCUUGCAUCAAACCUAUGACCAAAUCAGGCCUGUGCAACAGACCUAAAUGCAAUAAGGCCCUGCGCAGGUUCUUUGACCGGGUACCUGCUCACUACACACAUGAGCUACUCUUCUGCCCCUGUACGGAUACUGCGUGCGCAGAGCGUCGAAGGCAGACCAUCGUGCCAAGCUGUUCCUAUGAAACUGGGGAAAAACCUAAUUGCAUUACACAGAUGAAGAAUUGUAAUGAAGACUAUGUGUGCAGGUCUCGUCUGAAACAGUUUCAGUUUGACUGCGAACCCUCGGAAACAUCUGCCAAUGGCUGCCAGCAGAAGAACUAUGAAGCGUGUCUCCUCGCCUACACGGGGCUUAUAGGAAGUACGAUAACUCCCAACUAUGUUGACAACUCCACAUCCAACGUGGCUCCGUGGUGCUCGUGCUCACCGAGUGAGAGCAUGAGGGAUGAAUGUGAGCGCUUCCUGGGAUUUUUCACAGACAACAGCUGUCUCAAAAAUGCUCUAAAUAUGUUUGGAAGAGAAUCAGAGCAGCAAACGCCUCUCAGCACAACAACCCAAAGCAGAGAAGAAAGCCGGAGCAGCACCUCUCAACCACAGACCAUUGAGACUAUGAGGAACAUCCUGGAACCAGUGAUACCCACACAGAUUCUGGGAAAUGAACUACUGGUGGGCCAUGGCACUCUCCCCUCCAACAGUCUCCCAAACUUGGCCCCGCCUCUUGGCCAGAUGGUGCUGCUGUUGCUCCUCCAUUGCCUCUAUGGACAUUAAACCUCGCAGGGAAACUCGCUGAGGACCCUUUAAGCAUAUGGAAGAACCAGACGAAAAUUGACACGGGGUAUUAUUCCUUCUUCUAAACAUGAACAGUGGCACAGUUUAUUUUUCAUUUCUGUGUCAAAACAGUGUUUUUUCACACGUGGGGGAGACUUGUGCUGUCAUGCACCAGUGUGUACAUUUGUACAAUAUGUGUUUAAGCAAGCUGAAAUGAAGUUAAAAUACAAUUUCAUGGACUAACCCAGCAGUAUUACAAUGCUACAUAUAACACAGACAUGUGUGAUACUGUACAAGGCGAUGAAAAAUAUACCUGUGAAGAUUUGUUUGUUUUUGAAAUACCAAAAGGAAAAUAUCCGAAGGAAACCAGUGAACCUUGUGUCUGCACUGUCUUUAGUGCUUUAACUGUUCUGGUCGAUGCUGGAGAAGAUAGAGUUUACCAAUCUCUCUAGUUAGCUGAAUAAGGAGCUUUAUUUCUCAACAAUCCCGGAGUAGAGGUAAAAUAGAUUUUGUUUACACAUCCUGAACUAAACCACAGAUUUCAUGUCCAAGAAGAUCUCCAAAAAGAUGCCCCCAGCUGAAGUACGUAAACAACUCUGACAUAAUUAUUGCCAUCUCUGUCAAGACUGCAGACCUUUGUAACAGGACUUUUUAUCAAGACUAUUGUGCUUUAGCGAUAACACCUCUGUUUAUAGAAUAUAUAGGUCUUUGGUUUUUAUCUGCAGAGACAUGUUGUUGGACUUGAAAGGAAGUAACCAGAAAACCAUUAGGUGUACCUGUAGCUGCUGUGCUUUGUGUUUGACUGUAAUACCAUUUUAUUUCUCGUUGUGAUUGUGACCAUUGCUAUAAGCCUCACUCUGCUUUUUUCUGCCAAAGAGGGACGAGAACAAAUUUGACAUAUUUUGUUUACGCCAACACCAGGAUGGAGCCUGUUAGAGAUUUGACAGAAAAGAAUGAUUCUGUGUUUUCUGUUCUAGAAGAUGCAUUGGACCCUUUGGACAGAGGCAGAAUUGAGUCAAAUAAAAGUUCUCAGAUACUUCUA